CGCUGUGUUCGCAUGCUCUUCACCCUGCUCCUGCCCACUCUGAUUUUCACCUGCCCCCUGAUAACCCUUUCAAUCCUGAAAGAUCCUUAGUGUCUGGAUUUCAUCAUCCAGCCCUGCAGGAUGCUCCCAUUUCUCCUGAGGAUGGCUGUCCCAGACAGAGAGGAGGAGAUGGAGGUAGAUGCAAAGAUUGAUACGGAGGAGGAGAUGGAAAUAGAUGGAGAAGACCCUGGAGAGGAAGAGAUGGAUGUGGAUGUGGAGGAGGAAGAAGAGAUGGACGUGUAUGUGGAUGAGGAAGAAGAGAUGGAUGUGGAUAUGGAAGAGUCCAUUGAGGACAUGGAUAUUGAUUAAGAAGGUGCGAUGGACAGCACAGACAGAGACACCACCCUUUUGUAUAUAUGUUCUACAGUUUGUUGUUUUUCUUUAGAAUGUAGAUUGUAGGGCUAUUUUUGACUUCUGUAAAUACAUAGUUUUGUUAGGUAGGUUUUGU